GGUAGUUGCUCAUGCAGUUGGCACGCCAGCACAGAUUUGUGAUUUGUGACAGAUAUAGGAACUAAUUUUCAUAUUGGCAAUUAAAUAUCGAGUCGUUUGAUUGACUGUUUUCCCUUUUAAAUUAAUUUGUGUAAAAUAACAGCCUGUAUAACCAUGUAUUUUGUUUGAGUUAAUGUGUUGAAAUCGUGGAUUGUGAACUGGAGUGAAAUAAAGGAUUCUUUAUUGUUUGAAUGUGUUUUAUAAACCGCCGAAAUUGAGGACAAAGUAACAGGUGACGAAAGGAUGGCAGCAUCGCACAUCCUGAGCGCUGUUGAGCCGACGGUCGGCGGCGGCAGUUCCCGCAGCGGCCGCGAAAGAGAAGUCAACGUGGCGCUCGACGACAGAGAACUCUGGGUACGGUUCCAGACUCUCACCAACGAAAUGAUCGUCACUAAGAAUGGAAGACGAAUGUUUCCCGUAGUCAAAGUAACAGCCAGCGGUUUGGAUCCGACGGCGAUGUACACCGUUCUGCUAGAAUUCGUUCAGGUCGAUUCACAUCGCUGGAAAUACGUCAAUGGGGAAUGGGUGCCUGGUGGUAAAGCUGAAGUGCCGCCAUCUAACGCAAUUUACAUUCACCCCGAGAGCCCGAACUUUGGCGCGCAUUGGAUGAAAGAACCGAUAUCCUUCGCUAAAGUCAAGCUUACAAAUAAAACAAAUGGAAAUGGCCAGAUAAUGUUAAAUAGUUUGCAUAAGUACGAGCCCAGAGUGCAUCUAGUAAAAGUCGGUACCGACCUCCGUCGAAUAAUGACCUACCCAUUCCCGGAGACACAGUUUAUAGCAGUCACCGCUUACCAAAACGAAGAGGUGACUUCGUUGAAGAUAAAAUACAAUCCAUUUGCGAAAGCCUUCUUAGAUGCUAAGGAAAGACCGGAGGGUUAUUAUCAAAGAGAUUUCGUGGGUACACAUUAUCCUCAACAAAGUUCUUCGCCACAUCAAUAUCCUCAAUUCGGUGGAUGGUUUGUGACUUCUCAGUCAUUAUAUGGGAGCAGCAACGCCGCCUCUAGAAGACCAGCGCCUUAUCCUCCGCGACCACCCUCACGGCCCAGAACGUUGUCACCGCCUUCCUCGUACAGCAAUUCAGAACGUACGACAACGGCGACAAAUGGUAGCGGCAGUUACACAUGGGUCAGUAGCAGUGGGUACUGGAACUCCACACAGGGCAGCAGUUCUCCACAACCAAAUACCUCCCCAGCUCCGUACCGCACCCCGCCCCACGCAUACCCAGCUCCUUUGGAGUAUGCGCCGGCACCCCCUACAAGUACAUCCGCCCCAACAUCAGCUCCGGCACCGCUCUAUCCCCUCCAGUAUGAAGCUCCAGCGCAGCACCAUUCGCCGUACUACCAGCAUGCCUAUGCACCGUACGCACAUCAUGCGAUUGAAGAUAUAUCUUAUUGGCCUAAUAGUUUGAACAGCUACGGUUACCAGCCAUCUGAAUAUGUCGGGAGUGGAGAAGUGGCAUACGGUGGCGAGGGCAUGCCUUUUGGGCCUGCUGGGCCUUCUCUCGAAGCCGCCGCUGCCGGUGAAGGCCGUGCCACGCCCCCCGGACAGGAGCACCCACAAAGCGAACGAGAAUACAAGUUUAGCGCUGAAGAAGAACGUCAAUCGCCGUGUGAUGAGCCCGCGCUCCCACCACGCUCACCAGCGCAGUGACCAUGUAUUUCAUAAGAUAGUUGCAAAUAAUACGGAUGGAUUUCGAAACCCUCUAAAAUAUAUUUUUGUAUUUUACGAUUAUUACGGUUGAAAUUAAAGAGAAUACUUUAUCUAAAUACUAUCAUAUUAUUAUACAUAGGUGUAUUGUGUUGUUCCCAUUUGAGAGAUUUGUAUAUACAAGUAGAUUUAAUAAUGUAUUACUUAAAUAAGUUUGGAAUCCAUUAGAGUGGAUAAGGCGUAAUGUAAUAGUUCCAAUUUAUCAUAAGUAUUUUUGCACCUUGUUACAUAGAUUUCCACUGACACUUCCAUCCCAUUUUAAUUGAAUUGCUUCAAUGAAGGUCCUGACCUAGUAAAAACUCUGUU